CUUGAUCAAAAUAAUCUUUUAUUAAAACGGCUUGGAAGGACGUCUGUAUUAAAAGAAAUCUGCAUCACUCUUAAGAAAAUUUUCGGACCUUCUCAGAGAAAACCUAUUUCGGGAAUAUUGCUUAUGAUCAAGGCCUCCUGUAAUAAACAGUCAUGUACAAUUGAUUGGCACAAUAGCCUCAUGCAUAAACACAUUGUGCCAAGGAUAGAGUCUCACUAAACAUAAGAUUCAUUUUUAUUAUGGAUUAUAUGGAUUUAUGAAUAAUCUAACAAUUGUAAAAAAAAACUCCGAGUCGCUUGUCUCUAGUUUUAUUUUCUGUACUAAUAGUGUAGAUAAGAUCUCACGUUUGUAGUUAUCAAGGAUUAUUUGAUAUAUAAACCUUGAGAUACUAUACUUAGAAAUUUAGCGAGAAAUCGUUCCCUACAUGUACAAAUAGUAUGACCAAUCUUUUAUUUACGUUGCUUCGCUGUUACUAAUUUGUAUUCCCUUUUUAAUCUCGGGAAAAAAAUAAAAAGCUAAUAUGACAAGGUAGAUACAAGCCACCAUGAAAAUGGAUGAAUUACACCAACACAUUCUUAAAACGUUACGGAGGAAAAUAGUGGCUGAUAUGGAUGUACACAAUAACGUCAUAAAGCCGCUCCAAUUAAGAGAUAUAUUAACGGAUCAGCAUAUAACAAAAAUCGAAAGUGGCACUUCUAAAGAGCGCAGGGCUGAGAUUCUAUUAGAUAUACUUCCUAGCUGCGGACCAAAUGCAUUCAAUUUCUUUCGCCAAGCCUUAAGGUUACAUUACGAAUGGUUGAGUGAGGAAAUGGAUAAUCUCGAAAUGAGCGGAAAGCCGUUUAAUAACAUAAAAUACGGUGGUGCACCCGCGCUUCCUCCGAUCUCACCGUCGACAGUCGAAAGACAGCAAAAGAUGAAUCAGUUGAAAGAGCAACUUACAAAAUUGCAACCGAAUGGGUAUAUACUGUUACACGGUAUGAAAGGUUUCGGUAGAUCAUGUUUAGCAGCCAGUACGCUGAACGAUGUUGACUUCGUACGAAAGGAAUUUAAUAAUGAAGUUUAUUGGAUUAAAUUUGGGUAUAAGCGUUCGAUCGAAGAAGAAACAUUGAUUCAACUCAUUAGGCUCUAUCAUCUUGUUAAGAAUUUGGAAAUACUGCCGCUAUCGCCGCAAUCGGAAAUUAAAGGCUCAUUGAUCCAUUUUUUGAAAGAUUAUUUCAAUAAGCACCCCAAUGCUUUGCUAAUACUAGACGACGUUUGGGAUCGAAGUAUAAUCGAAGCGUUCGAUUUCGAAUGUAAGACGUUAGUGAUAUCCACGAAUCGCGAAUAUUUAUGGGGUAAACGUCCAUCUGUGAUCCGGUUGAAUGAUGGAUUUACCGAAGCAGAGACUUUAGGUCUUUUCGCCAAGGUACUGGAUACCGAGGUAGAGUCGCUUCCGCAAGAAGCUAAACAAAUUCAUGCAGAAUGUAAAGGCAUGCCGUUAUUAAUAUCUAUGUUUUCUGCUCAAUUCGAAGAGUUUAAGCAUGACAUGAGAAUCAGUUCGAAGAGAUGGCGAUACUAUUUAGAAUCGUUGAAGAAGCACGACAAGAAGACUCGAGUGAUCAAAGAUUUUUGGGACAUACAGAAAGGGAUUUUUGAUACGUGUAUACAACAAUUGUCGGUUGAAAUGAGAAAUCUUUAUGAGGAAUUAGUUAUAUUUAGGGAAGACGUUAACAUAACUCCAGAGACGCUGAAAAUUCUGUGGGAAGAGAACCCGUAUCGAGUCGAAGAAAUGAUGCUCGAUUUAUGUCACAAGUCACUCGCUGCGAAAGAGUGGAACGAUAAGUUAAACAGUUAUAUUUAUGGUGUCCAUGAUUUGUUACUCUGUCAUCUACGAGAAAAGUUCUCGCCGGACGAUAUAAUAGAGAAGCAUAAAUCGUUAAUAAAAAAAUAUCAUGAAUACUCCAAUGGUGAUUUCUCCAAAUUACCUGGAGACAAUUAUAGCUACUCUUAUAUCGGAUAUCACUUGGAGCAAGCACGAAUGUACGACGAGUUUCCACGGAUAUAUUUAGACUUCGAUUUUAUCGAAUCUGCGAUCAUUUACAGCGGUCUGAACAAUCUUUUGAUCGAUUUUAACAUUUAUAAAAAAUACAUUACGAAAGAUCAUGAUUCGGUCUAUGAACUGCGUUUCCAUGAUUUGGAGAAGUUCUUAGAAGAACAGUCGAGUAUUAUAGCGGAGCACAGACGCAAACGAUGCUUAGACAUUGUACAAAUAGCGAUGAAUCAUCCUUAUCAAGGGUACGUAAAAGAUACCGCUAUGAAACUUGCGGAAGAGAGAUCCAAUUGCUUAUAUAUUCUUCAUGAUAAGAAAUCACAAAACAUGGACAUGCCGAUGAGCGAGGAAAUGUCCACGGAAGUGGUGACGACGUGUUUCACGCACGAUCCGGAUCAGAUCUUGUUCGGAAACAAAGUAGGUGAGAUAUACUCGUGGGACAGCGUCAAUAAAAGGCAAACGCUUUUCUCCGGACACAGCAAGAUGAGCUGCAUAAAAAAAAUUGUCGUGUCCAGCGACGGUGAUUGCUUCCUGUCGUUAGACGAUCAGGGCAUAGUGAGGCUUUUUAAAUUAUCCGAUGAUGAGGACGAACAAGAUAAAUGUAUACCUCCCAAACAGAAACAAGACUUUUGGCAAGGGAUUUAUACAAGCGAGAUCCCCCAUGACCACAGCUCGAUGAAGUUCUCUGUUCCUGAACAAAUCAUAUUGGACAUGGUAUUCGCUUACGAUAACAGUCGCGUCGUAGCGUGUACAGACAAAGGUAUGAUAGUUGUUUGGGACCGGUUUGGAAACAUGAAAUGGCAGUGCCAUUAUCCGAACGGUAAUAGUUAUCUUAAAUACGUUGCAUUUACAACGGAGAGUAAUUUGCUCCAUGUAAUGGAUGAAGUUAACGGCGUUCUGAUAUCGUACAACAGAACCGACAAAGAUUAUAAAUAUCUAUCGCAGUACAAUCCGAAUUUGGAGGGGAAGAAAAUUAUUUUUUUCCGUAACGCACCAGAACAAACUAAUUCUUUAUUAAUCGUCACCGAGAAAAAAGCUGUUUACGUAAAGUUCUUUGUAUCGACUAACAGUCUGAUGCAUCUGAGUAUGCACAGUUACAAGAAGCAAGUAAGAGCUACUGUAGAAGAUGAAAAGACCGUUUUUGUUUGCGCCAGCUUGACCAACGACGGACAAUACAUCGUUUUGGCCGAUUCGAGUGGUUUUAUAAACGUAUGGGACGCGGAAGGUGGAUUUCAGUCAGCGGUAGUUACUUACAAAAGUCGCGUUUCCUCUUUAGACACGUAUUGGAUGAAGGAAGGAUAUCACAUUAUCUGCGGUAGCCAGAAUCGAUUGCUACAUAAAUGGAAACUUCCAGUUGAAGGCACUUGUUUGACAACGAAGAAACCGUUGUUCGACGCGAAAGUACAAAAAUUCGGUAGUGAACCGGACGUUAUUGUUACGGAAACGCUCUCUAAUACGAUCGUCGUGUUAAACAAUGAUGUAAAAGUAGCAGAAACAGAACCGAUUAAUGGAAAGAUAAAUAAUUUGAUACUUCACGAGGGAACGAUAAUUUACGUAACUGAUAAAGGCAUGGUGAACAUAUUUGAUAUAAAAAGCAAGCAAAGUACCCCUGCAUUACAAUUCUCAUCCUCUGUAGAAUUGAUAAAAAUUUUAGAUCUGAAAUCGGACGUAGAUAACAAUUACGUAAUCAUCUGUAGAGAAUCGAAAGAAAAUUUAAGGGUAUGGAAAACCGGCAAGAUAUCGUAUUUGGUUCUGAACGCAGGAUACGUUAUCUCGAUUCAUAAGAUCGACGAGGAGAACCUAGUAACGGUAACUAAAAAUGGUGUAAUAACGGUUUGGCGCGUCGAUGGUACGAACUGGAUACCCAUAGACCAAGUAAAAAUCGGGAACUCGAUAACUAGCAGUUCUAGUUGCUUGAGUUAUCAGAAAAAUUAUCUAAUCGUGCUGAACGAAAACGGAUGCGUGGUCGUUUAUAAACUCUAUAACCAAACGAUCACGUUUCCACCGAAUAUAAAAGUAACGGAAUAUUGUAGAAAAAUAUAUUCGCAUAAAUUGAGAUGCUGCGAAAUUUCACAGAAUGAAAAGUACUUAGCUAUAGGUUUCGAAAAUGGACACAUUUCUAUCAUUGAUGUAUCAAUGACAAGCGAGAUAUGCCAAUUGCACUUCCAUACGGACCCCGUUACUCAACUAAAUUGGGCACCGUCCUCGAUCGAGGUUCCAAUCCUCCUUUCCGUAAGUUCCGAUGAAAUAGUUUGGUGGAACAUUAUUUUAGCUAUGAACAGUUCAAAGAAGAAAAAGAGUGGGAUGAAUCGCAGCAUUAGUACUCCUUUUCCCAACGGUGAUAAAAUGGACGACUCUCUAUGUAUGUCUACUAGCCAAAGCGUAGAUUCCGGUAUGUAUGAGAUGCAAUCGGAAAAUAGUGGUACCUCAAAUGUGGGGUACGAUUCGACGAAAUUCUGGAAGUCUAAAAAAGGUAAGGACCCUAAACAUCCAGCUCUAUUGGCUGUCGUCGAAUUGUCAUCGAAUUUCUUUGCGAAAGUAUGCGUGUCUGCCGAUUUUACUAGAUUCGUUACCGUCGACAUAUAUGGUUCUAUCAGUACUUUUACACUGUGCGGAUAUAAUUAACGAUAGUCAUUUUAAUUAGAUAGUUUUACAAUUCAAUUUAUACAAAAGAAGAAACGAUUACGAAUUUUAAAGACGGUAGACAUGGCUACUAAAAAGAAAAUGUAAUUGUACGAACGAGUUUAUACACAUGGUUUAAUCGUUGCUCAAGACUACUUGUCAACUCUGUAAUAGUGUUCUGACUCUACUGCCAUUUUGCAUCCUUUUGACAACCACAUUUUAUAAUACAAUUUUUAAGCAGAUUUGGAAAACGUUUUCGAAAUAGCUAUGCUCGAAUUACUCAAGUUAUCGAACGAUUUUCAUGACCGCGUUUUAUUCUGCUCAAUCUCUGUACAAAUGAUUUCUUUCUACAUAUAUGAACGACGUGUCUUUACAUUUUUUAAGGAACUAUGUCCCAGUUUAACGUGAGGUAUAUGCGUUCGAUACAUCGGAUUUUAGUAUUUAGCAUAGAUACAUGCAAUAUAGGAUGUAUUUUAGUAUUCUAUAAUUUACGCAAAUAAGCGUAAUUAUAUUCUAUCGCAGAAAUGAACAAAAAAAAGUCGAUUGUGAUUUAAUACUUAGAAAUGUUAUUAUACGUAAACGUUAUGCAAAUAUUCGUAAUGAUAAAAUUUAUUUUCUAUUUUAUGAUAGAUAACUAUAUCCGUUUUGUAUUAUCAAGUGCUAUAGCGUAAUUCUACGAGUUAUCGAUAUGGAAGAUACAAACGUUUUACUUUUGUUAAUUGUUCGAACGUGUAACAUGUUAAAAGCUGAGAUCAUUCGAUUCAGGAUAUAGACAUGAAAUAUCGCUAGAUAAUUAAUAUUUUACGGACUAUAAAGGACUUCCAUAUCUUCGACUUUUGUUCAUGUAUUGAACUAUAAAGUCAAUUUGUACCAGUUUUUACUGGUAUGUUACACUAUGUGCCUUAAAUGUAUGAUAAUAUGAGAAAUUUAUCUGUAACGUAAGUUAAAUUUUUAUGGAAUUUGCUAUUUCUAUAUCAAUUUGCAAUUAUUCAGUUUAUAGCACAGUUUCACUUGAACGUUCCAUUUGCGCAUUUAUUUUAAUUAAUGAAAUAUUACUAUUAUGCUUUCUGUUCAAUAUCGCAUAUCUUUUUUCGACUUUUUAUUGCUGUUGCAUUACGAAAUGUUCCAGCAAGAUAAAUACUUCAAUGGAAAGAUGAUGUAUGGAACGAAGGUUGUCGAUAUUUGUUGGUAAAAUUUUAAAAAAUUGAACAAAAUUUUAUAUUGAAUAGAUAGCAUAUACUUCGGCGUGUACUUCGCGAUUGCGUACAUGUCAAAGUAUCUACUGAUAUCUUGUGAUAUACGAAUACAUUGAAUGUAUUCGGGUAAACUGUGGUGCAAUUCACGAGAGAUGUGAAAAAUAUCCGUUGCUCGCGAGAGAACGGAUCGGUACUCAAUUGCCCUGAACAAACUCUGUACUCUCUCUUUCUCGCCGAGCUCAUUUUUUUAUAACAUAUAUUGAAUUAUUACUUUUUUACAAUUUACUUGGAGUUAAGGAAAUUGUAUACAUUUAAACAUGAAUAAAACUUUGUAAAUACAUACGUUUGUACUAUAUGUGAUAUACGAGUUUUCCCACGAGAUCAACGGACUGAAAACGGAAUUAUGUUUGCAGUCCGACGCUGCUGCCUGUGUUGCGAAGCACAACAAACUGCACGUGGUCGAAACGUAUUAUUAAUAGGAUUGAAUGACCACGAGUUGGCAUUAAGUAGAACGUGCAAUUUUAUGCUCUAGGCCAAUGUCGGCUAGUGUAUUCUAGCACGCGUGUCGAUAGUAUUAUUAUCAGUAAGCUUAUAAAUUGAACUAAAAGUGCUC